AUGGCCAGUGUUGCUGCAGUACUGGAGACACAGAAAUUCCUAGAGUCAAUACUGAUGAAGAAGAUGGGCGACUUGGAAGCUCAGCUUAAAUCAUCUUCUUCCAAGAAAGACGGGGACAAUUUGCUAAAGAUCCAGGAAGAGUUUAACACCUUCAAAAAUGUUGUUCACAACAUACUGCAACUCUUGCGGCAGCAGAUCACUGAAGUCAUCAAAUCUGUGGAUGCGGUCAAGACCAGGCAUCGGCAAAAGUGCCUUCUCCUUAGUGGAUUACCGGAGAAAUCUGAUGCUGAAUUGGCAAACAAUGCUGUCUCCUUGCUUCAGAAACAUCUUGGACUCUGUGAGAUUACUGGUGAAAGCAUCAAAGCAUGUUACAGAUUGGGCCGGUACAAGGAGGGGCGCAAUCGCCCAGUUGUCAUCGAAUUCACUGGUCAGCACAUUAGAUCUCUCAUAUGGAAAAACAAGACCAGGCUAAAAGGUUCCGAUUUGGUUUUGGAAGAGUUCUUGACCAGAAGCCGACAGUCUGCAUUCAGAGCAGCGAGGGAGCAUUUCGGCAUGAAAAGUGUGUGGACCUCGAGCGGUAAUAUUUGCAUCUCAACUCCGGAUGGUAACAAAGUACGUAUUCUUUCGAUGGACGAACUGAACAUGCUCACUACGAGAUUCCCAAAGCCGUCUCCCGUAGCUACCGUGUUGUCGGAGGAGUCGUCCGUGGUUCUGGAGGUGUCGGAGUUGUCCACAGCAUUGUCCGACGACCCAACUCAGUCCUCCAAAGCGAUACAGACGAGGUCGAAACGAGUCAACAAGAGCUCCAAGUAA